AGAUCAUAGAUGAAAUUGAAGCCAAUUAACAUAUCAGCACUUUCCACAUUGAGGCAUUCGUUCAUAGAAUCAGUUGUGCACGAGCCAUAUACACCAUGUGGCGCCAGGUGGAAAGGAACAACGCAGAUAGGAAAUGCUCCUAGACACUCGGUUGAGCAUUACCGUGACCAAAUAUCUCUGAUUAGACCUGACCAGUUUAUCUGGACGCCAUACGCACAUUGCAUACUGUCUGACUACUGCAAUGAUGUGAAUGGAUGCUCUUUGUGCGAAACCUACUUGGAUGCCAAGGAACGCCGAUCAUUUGGGCAAAAAUGA